GCUGUUCCAACAACUGUAAGCAGCACAAGUGAAGCCAGCACCUCUACAACUGAAGUCACUUCAACAAGUACAGAACCUAGCACCACAAGUGAAACCAGCGCAACAACAAGCAGUACUGAAGCCAGCACAACAGCUACAGAAAGCACCACAGCUGUUCCAACAACUGUAAGCAGCACAAGUGAAGCCAGCACCUCUACAACUGAAGCUACAUUUACAUCCACAGUUGCAGACACAACAACCUCAACAAUUGGCAGCACGGAGUCCUCCACUGUCAGCAGCACUACCGCUGAAGUCACUUCAACAAGUACAGAACCUAGCACCACAAGUGAAACCAGCGCAACAACAAGCAGUACUGAAGCCAGCACAACAGCUACAGAAAGCACCACAGCUGUUCCAACAACUGUAGCCAGCACAACAGCUACAGAAAGCACCACAGCUGUUCCAACAACUGUAAGCAGCACAAGUGAAGCCAGCACCUCUACAACUGAAGCUACAUUUACAUCCACAGUUGCAGACACAACAACCUCAACAAUUGGCAGCACGGAGUCCUCCACUGUCAGCAGCACUACCGCUGAAGUCACUUCAACAAGUACAGAACCUAGCACCACAAGUGAAACCAGCGCAACAACAAGCAGUACUGAAGCCAGCACAACAGCUACAGAAAGCACCACAGCUGUUCCAACAACUGUAAGCAGCACAAGUGAAGCCAGCACCUCUACAACUGAAGCUACAUUUACAUCCACAGUUGCAGACACAACAACCUCAACAAUUGGCAGCACGGAGUCCUCCACUGUCAGCAGCACUACCGCUGAAGUCACUUCAACAAGUACAGAACCUAGCACCACAAGUGAAACCAGCGCAACAACAAGCAGUACUGAAGCCAGCACAACAGCUACAGAAAGCACCACAGCUGUUCCAACAACUGUAAGCAGCACAAGUGAAGCCAGCACCUCUACAACUGAAGCUACAUUUACAUCCACAGUUGCAGACACAACAACCUCAACAAUUGGCAGCACGGAGUCCUCCACUGUCAGCAGCACUACCGCUGAAGUCACUUCAACAAGUACAGAACCUAGCACCACAAGUGAAACCAGCGCAACAACAAGCAGUACUGAAGCCAGCACAACAGCUACAGAAAGCACCACAGCUGUUCCAACAACUGUAAGCAGCACAAGUGAAGCCAGCACCUCUACAACUGAAGCUACAUUUACAUCCACAGUUGCAGACACAACAACCUCAACAAUUGGCAGCACGGAGUCCUCCACUGUCAGCAGCACUACCGCUGAAGUCACUUCAACAAGUACAGAACCUAGCACCACAAGUGAAACCAGCGCAACAACAAGCAGUACUGAAGCCAGCACAACAGCUACAGAAAGCACCACAGCUGUUCCAACAACUGUAAGCAGCACAAGUGAAGCCGUUGCAGACACAACAACCUCAACAAUUGGCAGCACGGAGUCCUCCACUGUCUUGCAGACACAACAACCUCAACAAUUGGCAGCACGGAGUCCUCCACUGUCAGCAGCACUACCGCUGAAGUCACUUCAACAAAACUUACAGAACCUAGCACCACAAGUGAAACCAGCGCAACAACAAGCAGUACUGAAGCCAGCACAACAGCUACAGAAAGCACCACAGCUGUUCCAACAUUACACAGCUACUGCAGGACCAACCUCUGUCAGCAGCACUACCGCUGAAGUCACUUCAACAAGUACAGAACCUAGCACCACAAGUAAAAUAAGCGCAACAACAAGCAGUACUGAAGCCAGUACAACAGCUACAGAAAGCACCACAGCUGUUCUAACGACUGACAGCAGCACAAGUGCAACCAGCACCUCUACAACUGAAACUACAUUUACAUCCACAGUUGCAGACACGACAACCUCAACAAUUGGCAGCACGGGGUCCUCCACUGUCAGCAGCUCUACCGCUGAAGUCACUUCAACAAGUACAGAACCUAGCACCACAAGUGAAACCAGCGAAACAACAAGCAGUACUGAAGCCAGUACAACAGCUACAGAAAGCACCACAGCUGUUCCAACAACUGUAAGCAGCACAAGUGAAGCCAGCACCUCUACAACUGAAGAUACAAGUACAUCCACAGUUGCAGACACAACAACCUCAACAAUUGGCAGCACGGAGUCCUCUACUGUCAGCAGCACUACCGCUGAAGUCACUUCAACAAGUACAGAACCUAGCACAACAAUUGAAAACAGCGCAACAACGAGCAGUACUGAAGCCAGCACAACAGCUACAGAAAGCACCACAGAUGUUACAACGACUGACAGCAGCACAAGUGAAGCCAGCACCUCUACAACUGAAGCUACAUUUACAUCCACAGUUGCAGAUACAACAACAUCAACAAUUGGCAGCACGGAGUCCUCCCCUGUCAGCAGCACUACCGCUGAAAACACUUCAACAAGUACAGAACCUAGCACCACAAGUGAAAUCAGCGAAACAACUAGCAGUACUGAAGCCAGCAACACGGCUACAGAAGGAACCACAGCUGUUCCAACAACUGUAAGCAGCACAAGUGAAGCCAGCACCUCUACAACUGAAGCUACAUUUAUAUUCACAGUUGCAGACACAACAGCCUCAACAAUUGGCAGCACAGAGUCCUCCACUGUCAGCAGAACUACCACAGAAAUUAUUUCAACAAGUACAGAACCUAGCACAACAAGUGAAACCAGCGAAACAACAAGCAGUACUGAAGCCAGUACAACAGCUACAGAAAGCACCACAGCUGUUCCAACAACUGUAAGCAGCACAAGUGAAGCCAGUACCUCUACAACUGAACCUACAUUUACAUCCACAAUUGCAAACACGACAGCCUCAAUAAUUGGCAGCACGGAGUCCUCCACUGUCAGCAGCUCUACCGCUGAACUUUCUUCAACAAGUACAGAACCUAGCACAACAACUGAAACCAGCGCAACAACAAGCAGUACUGAAGCCAGCACAACAGCUACAGAAAGAACCACAGCUGUUCCAACAACUGUAAGCAGCACAAGUGAAGCCAGCACCUCUACAACUGAAGCUACAUUUACAUCCACAAUUGCAGACACGACAGCCUCAAUAAUUGGCAGCACGGAGUCCUCUACUGUCAGCAACACAGCCGCUGAAGUCAUUUCAACAAGUACAGAACCUAGCACCACAAGUGAAACCAGCGCAACAACAACCAGUACUGAAGCCAGCACAACAGCAACAGAAAGCACCACAGCUGUUACAACGACUGACAGCAGCACAAGUGAAGCCAGCACCUCUACAACUGAAGCUACAUUUACAUCCACAGUUGCAGACACAACAGCCUCAACAAUUGGCAGCACGGAGUCCUCUACUGUCAGCAGCACUACCGCUGAAGUCCCUUCAACAAGUACAGUACCUAGCACUACAAUUGAAACCAGCGCAACAACAAGCAGUACUGAAGCCAGCACAACAGCUACAGAAAGCACCAGACCUGUUUCAACGACUGACAGCAGCACAAUUGAAACUACAUUUACAUCAACAGUUGCAGACACAACAGCCUCAACAAUUGGCAGCACGGAGUCCUCCACAGUCAGCAGCACAGCCGCUGAAGUCAUUUCAACAAGUACAGAACCUAGCACCACAAGUGAAACCAGCGCAACAACAAGCAGUACUGACGCCAGCACAACAGCUACAGAAAGCACCAUAGCUGUUUCAACGACUGACAGAAGCACAUUUGAAACAACAUUUACAUCCACAGUUGCAGACACAACAACCUCAACAAUUGGCAGCACGGAGUCCUCCACAGUAAGCAGCACUGCCUCUGAAGUCACUUCAACAAGUACUGAACCUAGUACCACAAGUAAAACCAGCGCAACAACAAGCAGUACUGAAGCCAGCAUAACACCUACAGAAAGCACCAGAGCUGUUACAACGACUGACAGCAGCACAAGUGAAGCCAGCACCUCUACAACUGAAGCUACAUUUAAAUCCACAGUUGCAGAUACAACAACAUCAACAAUUGGCAGUACGGAGUCCUCCCCUGUCAGCAGCACUACCGCUGAAGUCACUUCAACAAGUACAGAACCUAGCACCACAAGUAAAAUCAGUGAACCAACAAGCAGUACUGAAACCAGCAACACAGCUACAGAAGGAACCACAGCUGUUCCAACAACUGUAAGCAGCACAAGUGAAGCCAGCACCUCUACAACUGAAGCUACAUUUACAUCCACAGUUGCAGACACAACAGCCUCAACAAUUGGCAGCACAGAGUCCUCCACUGUCAGCAGCACUACUACAGAAAUUAUUUCAACAAGUACAGAACCUAGCACCACAAGUGAAACCAGCGAAACAACAAGCAGUACUGAAGCCAGUAUAACAGCUACAGAAAGCACCACAGCUGCUUCAACAACUGUAAGCAGCACAAGUGAAGCCAGCACCUCUACAACUGAAGCUACAAGCACAUCCACAGUUGCAGACACACCAACUUCAACGCCAGUCAGCACGGAGUCCUCCACGUUCAGCAGCACUUCCGCUGAAGUCACUUCAACAAGUACAGAACCUAGCACCACAAGUGAAACCAGCGCAACAACAAGCAGUACUGAAGCCAGCACAACAGCUACAGAAAGCACCACAGCUGUUUCAACGACUGACAGCAGCACAAUUGAAACUACAUUUACAUCCACAGUUGCAGACACAAGAACCUCAAUAAUUGGCAGCACGGCGUCCUCCACUAUCAACAGCAUAGCCGCUGAACUCACUUCAACAAGUACAGAGCCUAGCACAACUGAAACCAGUGAAACAACAAGCAGUACUGAAGCCAGCACAACAGCUACAGAAAGCACAACAGCUGUUCAAACAACUGUAAGCAGCACAAGUGAAGCCAGCACCUCUACAACUGAAGCUACAUUUACAUCCACAGUUGCAGACACGACAGCCUCAAUAAUUGGCAGCACGGAGUCCUCCACUGUCAGCAGCACUGCCGCUGAAGUCACUUCAACAAGUACAGAACCUAGCACCACAAGUGAAACCAGCGAAACAACAAGCAGUACUGAAGCCAGUACAACAGCUACAGAAAGCACCACAGCUGUUCCAACAACUGUAAGCAGCACAAGUGAAGCCAGCACCUCUACAACUGAAGUUACAUUUACAUCCACAGUUGCAGACACAACAACCUCAACAAUUGGCAGCACGGAGUCCUCUACUGUCAGCAGCACUACCGCUGAAGUCACUUCAACAAGUACAGUACCUAACACUACAAUUGAAACCAGCGCAACAACAAGCAGUACUGAAGCCAGCACAACAGCUACAGAAAGCACCACAGCUGUUUCAACGACUGACAGCAGCAGAAUUGAAACUACAUUUACAUCAACAGUUGCAGACACAACAACCUCAACAAUUGGCAGCACGGAGUCCUCCACUGUCAGCAGCACAGCCGCUGAAGUCACUUCAACAAGUACAGAACCUAGCACCACAAGUGAAACAAGCGCAACAACAAGCAGUACUGACGCCAGAACAACAGCUACAGAGAGCACCAGAGCUGUUUCAACGACUGACAGCAGCACAAUUGAAACUACAUUUACAUCCACAGUUGCAAACACAACAACCUCAACAAUUGGCAGCACGGAGUCCUCCACAGUCAGCAGCACUGCCUCUGAAGUCACUUCAACAAGUACAGAACCUAGCACCACAAGUGAAACCAGCGCAACAACAAGCAGUACUGAAGCCAGCACAACAGCUACAGAAAGCACCACAGCUGUUCCAACAACUGACAGCAGCACAAGUGAAGCCAGCACCUCUACAACUGAAGCUACAUUUACAUCCACAGUUGCAGAUACAACAACAUCAACAAUUGGCAGCACGGAGUCCUCCCCUGUGAGCAGCACUACUGCUGAAGUCACUUCAACAAGUACAGAACCUAGCACCACAAGUGAAAUCAGUGAAACAACAAGCAGGACUGAAGCCAGCAACAAUGCUUCAAAAGGAACCACAGCUGUUCCAACAACUGUAAGCAGCACAAGUGAAGCCAGCACCUCUACAACUGAAGCUACAUUUACAUCCACAGUUGCAGACACAACAGCCUCAAUAAUUGGCAGCACGGAGUCCUCCUCUGUCAGCAGCACAGCCGCUGAACUCACUUCAACAAGUACAGAACCUAGCACAACAACUGAAACCAGCGCAACAACAAGCAGUACUGAAGCCAGCACAACAGCUACAGAAAGCACAACAGCUGUUCCAACAACUGUAAGCAGCACAAGUGAAGCCAGCACCUCUACAACUGAAGCUACAUUUACAUCCACAGUUGCAGACACGACAACAUCAACAAUUGGCAGCAAGGUUACUGAAGCCAGUACAACAGCUACAGAAAGCACCACAGCUGUUCCAACAACUGUAAGCAGCACAAGUGAAGCCAUCACCUCUGCAACUGAAGCUACAUUUACAUCCACAGUUGCAGACACAACAGCCUCAACAAUUGGCAGCACGGAGUCCUCCACUGUCAGCAGUACUACUACAGAAAUUAUUUCAACAAGUACAGAACGUAGCACCACAAGUGAAACCAGCGAAACAACAAGCAGUACUGAAGCCAGUACAACAGCUACAGAAAGCACCACAGCUGUUUCAACGACUGACAGCAGCACAAGUGAAGCCAGCACCUCUACAACUGAAGCUACAUUUACAUCCACAGUUGCAGACACAACAGCCUCAACAAUUGGCAGCACGGAGUCCUCUACUGUCAGGAGCACUACCGCUGAAGUCACUUCAACAAGUACAGUACCUAGCACCACAAGUGAAACCAGUGCAACAACAAGCAGUACUGAAGCCAGCACAACAGCUACAGAAAGCACCAUAGCUGUUUCAACGACUGACAGCAGCACAUUUGAAACAACAUUUACAUCCACAGUUGCAGACACAACAACCUCAACAAUUGGCAGCACGGAGUCCUCCACAGUAAGCAGCACUGCCUCUGAAGUCACUUCAACAAGUACUGAACCUAGUACCACAAGUAAAACCAGCGCAACAACAAGCAGUACUGAAGCCAGCAUAACAGCUACAGAAAGCACCACAGCUGUUACAACGACUGACAGCAGCACAAGUGAAGCCAGCACCUCUACAACUGAAGUUACAUUUACAUCCACAGUUGCAGAUACAACAACAUCAACAAUUGGCAGUACGGAGUCCUCCCCUGUCAGCAGCACUACCGCUGAAGUCACUUCAACAAGUACAGAACCUAGCACCACAAGUAAAAUCAGUGAAACAACAAGCAGUACUGAAACCAGCAACACGGCUACAGAAGGAACCGCAGCUGUUCCAACAACUGUAAGCAGCACAAGUGAAGCCAGUACCUCUACAACUGAAGCUACAAGCACAUCCACAGUUGCAGACACACCAACUUCAACGCCAGUCAGCACGGAGUCCUCCACUGUCAGCAGCACUACUACAGAAAUUAUUUCAACAAGUACAGAACCUAGCACCACAAGUGAAACCAGCGAAACAACAAGCAGUACUGAAGCCAGUACAACAGCUACAGAAAGCACCACAGCUGUUCCAACAACUGUAAGCAGCACAAGUGAAGCCAGCACCUCUACAACUGAAGCUACAUUUACAUCCACAGUUGCAGACACAACAGCCUCAACAAUUGGCAGCACGGAGUCCUCCACUGUCAGCAGCACAGCCGCUGAAGUCAUUUCAACAAGUACAAAACCUAGCACCACAAGUGAAACGAGCGCAACAACAAGCAGUACUGACGCCAGCACAACAGCUACAGAAAGCACCACAGCUGUUUCAACGACUGACAGCAUCACAAUUGAAACUACAUUUACAUCCACAGUUGCAGACGCAAGAACCUCAACAAUUGGCAGCACGGAGUCCUCCACAGUCAGCAGCAUUGCCUCUGAAGUCACUUCAACAAGUACAGAACCUAGUACCACAAGUAAAACCAGCGCAACAACAAGCAGUACUGAAGCCAGCAUAAUAGCUACAGAAAGCACCACAGCUGUUACAACGACUGACAGCAGCGCAAGUGAAGCCAUCACCUCUACAACUGAAGCUACAUUUACAUCCACAGUUGCAGACACAACAGCCUCAAUAAUUGGCAGCACGGAGUCCUCCACUGUCAACAGCACAGCCGCUGAACUCACUUCAACAAGUACAGAGCCUAGCACAACUGAAACCAGUGAAACAACAAGCAGUACUGAAGCCAGCACAACAGCUACAGAAAGCACAACAGCUGUUCCAACAACUGUAAGCAGCACAAGUGAAGCCAGCACCUCUACAACUGAAGCUACAUUUACAUCCACAGUUGCAGACACACCAACUUCAACGCCAGUCAGCACGGAGUCCUCUACUGUCAGCAGCACUACCGCUGAAGUCACUUCAACAAGUACAAUACCUAGCACUACAAUUGAAACCAGCGCAACAACAAGCAGUACUGAAGCCAGCACAACAGCUACAGAAAGCACCAGACCUGUUUCAACGACUGACAGUAGCACAAUUGCAACUACAUUUACAUCAACAGUUGCAGACACAACAACCUCAACAAUUGGCAGCAUGGAGUCCUCCACUGUCAGCAGCACAGCCGCUGAAGUCAUUUCAACAAGUACAGAACCUAGCACCACAAGUGAAACCAGCGCAACAACAAGCAGUACUGAAGCCAGCACAACAGCUACAGAAAGCACCACAGCUGUUUCAACGACUGACAGCAGCACAAUUGAAACAACAUUUUCAUCCACAGUUGCAGACACAAGAACCUCAACAAUUGGCAGCACGGUGUCCUCCACUGUCAGCAGCACUGCCGCUGAAGUCACUUCAACAAGUACAGAACCUAGCACCACAAGUAAAACCAGUGAAACAACAAGCAAUACUGAAGCCAGCAACAAUGCUACAGAAGGAACCACAGCUGUUCCAACAACUGUAAGCAGCACAAGUGAAGCCAGCACCUCUACAACUGAAGCUACAUUUACAUCCACAGUUGCAGACACAACAGCCUCAACAAUUAGCAGCACAGAGUCCUACACUGUCAGCAGCACUACUACAGAAAUUAUUUCAAAAAGUACAGAACCUAGCACCACAAGUGAAACCAGCGAAACAACAAGCAGUACUGAAGCCAGUACAACAGCUACAGAAAGCACCACAGCUGUUCCAACAACUGUAAGCAGCACAAGUGAAGCCAGCACCUCUACAACUGAAGUUACAUUUACAUCCACAGUUGCAGACACAACAACCUCAACAAUUGGCAGCACGGAGUCCUAUACUGUCAGCAGCACUACCGCUGAAGUCACUUCAACAAGUACAGAACCUAACACUACAAUUGAAACCAGCACAACAACAAGCAGUACUGAAGAAAGCACAACAGCUACAGAAAGCACCAGAGCUGUUUCAACGACUGACAGCAGCACAAGUGAAACUACAUUUACAUCAACAGUUGCAGACACAACAACCUCAACAAUUGGCAGCACGGAGUCCUCCACUGUCAGCAGCACAGCCGCUGAAGUCAUUUCAACAAGUGCAGAACCUAGCACCACAAGUGAAACCAGCGCAACAACAAGCAGUACUGACGCCAGCACAACAGCUACAGAAAGCACCAGAGCUGUUUCAACGACUGACAGCAGCACAAUUGAAACUACAUUUACAUCCACAGUUGCAGACACAACAACCUCAACAAUUGGCAGCACGGAGUCCUUGACAGUAAGCAGCUCUGCCUCUGAAGUCACUUCAACAAGUACUGAACCUAGUACCACAAGUAAAACCAGCGCAACAACAAGCAGUACUGAAGCCAGCAUAACAGCUACAGAAAGCACCAGAGCUGUUACAACGACUGACAGCAGCACAAGUGAAGCCAGCACCUCUACAACUGAAGCUACAUUUAAAUCCACAGUUGCAGAUACAACAACAUCAACAAUUGGCAGUACGGAGUCCUCCCCUGUCAGCAGCACUACCGCUGAAGUCACUUCAACAAGUACAGAACCUAGCACCACAAGUAAAAUCAGUGAAACAACAAGCAGUACUGAAACCAGCAACAAGGCUACAGAAGGAACCACAGCUGCUCCAACAACUGUAAGCAGCACAAGUGAAGCCAGCACCUCUACAACUGAAGCUACAUUUACAUCCACAGUUGCAGACACAACAGCCUCAAUAAUUGGCAGCACGGAGUCCUCCUCUGUCAGCAGCACAGCCGCUGAACUCACUUCAACAAGUACAGAACCUAGCACAACAACUGAAACCAGCGCAACAACAAGCAGUACUGAAGCCAGCAACACGGCUACAGAAGGAACCACAGCUGUUCCAACAACUGUAAGCAGCACAAGUGAAGCCAGAACCUCUACAACUGAAGUUACAAGUACAUCCACAGUUGCAGACAGAACAACCUCAACAAUUGGCAGCACGGAGUCCUCUACUGUCAGCAGCACUACCGCUGACGUCAUUUCAACAAGUACAGAACCUAGCACUACAAUUGAAACCAGCGCAACAACAAGCAGUACUGAAGCCAGCACAACAGCUACAGAAAACACCACAGCUGUUCCAACAACUGUAAGCAGCACAAGUGAAGCCAGCACCUUUAAAACUGAAGCUCUAUUUUCAUCCACUGUUGCAGACACAACAACCUCAACAAUUGGCAGCACAGAGUCCUCCACUGUCAGUAGCACUACCGAUGAAGUCACUUCAACAAGUACAGAACCUAGCACCACAAGUGAAACCAGCCCAACAACAAGCAGUACUGACGCCAGCACAACAGCUACAGAAAGCACCACAGCUGUUUCAACGACUGACAGCAGCACAAUUGAAACUAUAUUUACAUCAACAGUUGCAGACACAACAACCUCAACAAUUGGCAGCACGGAGUCCUCCACUGUCAGCAGCACUACUGCUGAAGUCACUUCAACAGGUACAGAUUCUAGCACCACAAGUGAAAUCAGCGCAACAACAAGCAGUACUGAAGACAGCACAACAGCUACAGAAAGCGCCACAGCUGUUUCAACAACUGUAAGCAGCACAAGUAAAGCCAGCACAUCUACAAUUGAAACUACAUUUACAUCCACAGUUGCAGACACAACAACCUCAACAAUUGGCAUCACGGAGUCCUCCACUGUUAGCAGCACUACCGCUGAAGUCACUUCAACAAGUACAGAACCUAGCACCACAAGUGAAACCAGCGAAACAACAAGCAGUACUGAAGCCAAUAUAACAGCUACAGAAAGCACCACAGCUGUUCCAACGACUGACAGCAGCACAAGUGAAGCCAGCACCUCUGCAACUGAAGCUACAUUUGUAUCCACAGUUGCAGACACAACAGCCUCAUUAAUCGGCAGCACGGAGUCCUCCACUGUCAGCAGCACAGCCACUGAACUCACUUCAACAAGUACAGAACCUAGCACCACAAGUGAAAUCAGCGCAAUAACAGGCAGUAUUGAAGCCAGCACAACAGCUACAGAAAGCACCACAGCUGUUCCAACAACUGUAAGCAGCACAAGUGAAGCCAGCACCUCUACAACUGAAGCUACAUUUAUAUCCGCAGUUGCAGACACAACAACCUCAACAAUUGGCAGCACGGAGUCCUCCACUGUCAGCAGCACUACCGCUGAAGUCACUUCAACAAGUACACAACCUAGCACCACAAGUGAAACCAGCGCAACAACAAGCAGUACUGAAGCCAGCACAACAGCUACAGAAAGCACCACAGCUGUUCCAACAACUCUAAGCAGCACAACAUUUGCAGCUAACACUUCUGCAACACACUUUCUUUCAACCUCUGUUGAAGAAGGAACGAGAACAACGCGUACAUCAGGAAGCAGUCCCGAAAGUAGUACCUCUGGAUUCACAACAACAACGGAAACGAUUUCGAGCACAACUAUAGUACCCUUAACUACGGUGUCAAUAGCAGAAUCCACUACAUUACACCCCUUUGGAUCCGCGGCAGGAGAUACAGAAGGUGGAGCGGGUGACGAUCUUUUGGUUGCUGUCCUGGACAACCCAAUAGGAGUCACGUGUGACUGCGUAGUUUCCAACAGAAUUUUUAUUUAUACCAAUGGAUACAUUACAUUUGAUUCAAACUAUGAAAGUCAAAAACCAGCCAACCUUAAACCAAACAGUGAUCCACAGAAAAUGGUGGCACCAUUAUGGUCAGAUGUUGACCUAAGUAUGGACUCAAAAAUCUGGUAUCAGCUGUACAACAAAUUUGGAUCUGCGAAUGUCUCCAAUGUAUUGACCGAAGUAAAGUCAAUAGUUGUGGAAAACUUCCGAGAUAGCAGUGUAGCUGGAUCCUUUGAGCCAAACACAGCACUUGUGGUCACUUGGGAAAAUGUGGUACAAUCUCCUGCACGGGAUCAUGCUCUACAGAAUGCUACCUUUCAACUCCUGUUGAUCAGUGAUGGAGUGACAACCUAUGCAGCAUAUUUAUUCAAAGCCAUGAACUUUCUGCCUCCAAAGCCAGCAAUGCUGGGUUACAAAUGUGGAAAUUCCCCAAGUAGCAUCUUCAACCAUCCAGGGUCCCUCACCAAUGCCAUAUAUGAUGAAGUCAUCAACAGCGGUGAUAAUGCUAAAAAUACCAAAGGGUUGUGGGUUUAUAAGCUGGACACUUGUUCAAGUUCUGCCAUAAACUACGUGGAGAGAUGCCAGAAUUGGAGAAUCACCACAGCCAAGGCAGAGCAGGAAUCAGUUACCCUGGCUCACUCACUGCUGGUAGCAUGCCCAUGUAACAUACAUCAGGUCAGGACGGACCCUCGCUUUAUUGCCAGCUCUGCAGAACCAGGCUGUUAUUUCAAAGUCCACUCCCCCACUGGAUAUACCUUUACUAGGAAAUGUUGCUACAGCAGUAGCUCAGCUGAGGGGCCCUUGUUGACAGGUGUGGCUGGCUCUGGCUAUAUUUACCUAUAUAACCCUCUAUUGUAUCCCUCCCUAUCACAGAGCUAUGACACAGUGCCAUACAACUGGUGCUGUGUUGAGGCAGGGCUCUGCAAUGUAUUUUUUGCCCAGAGGACAUCAGACAACUGCUUGAACUAUAGAUCACCAGAAAGGGGAGCCAGCUAUGGAGAUCCACAUAUAAACACUAUAGAUGGCCUGAAAUACACGUACAAUGGUCUCGGUGAAUACACCAUGCUUGAAGUCAAAAACAUUUCUAGUAAAUCGACCAUUUUUGAGCUACAAUCCCGUACAACAUUAGCACAAAGUAUAACUGGUGCUGAUGUCCAUGCCACUAUAUUCAGUGCUUUUGCUGCAAGAGGAGAGCACAAUGUCACUGCCCAAGUUGAAGUCAACCUGGAAAAAAAUGGUAUAAUUGUGUAUUGUAAUGGGCUUGAUGUCACCAAUGAGUUCUACAGUGAUACCAGUUACCUAUGUUCCUUGAACAAUAAACUUCGACUCUCUAGAUAUCAUGCUGGCAAUCAUUCAGUGCUGAUUCUUUUCCCUUCAGAAAUAGCUUUACAAAUAUCAUAUGAAGUCCAAAUGCUGGAUUUGAAUAUCCUCAUUCCAAAGUCUUUAUCAAUCAAGACCGAAAACGGAGGACUUUUGGGAAAUAUUAAUGAUGACCCCACAGAUGAUUUGACCUUGAGAAAUGGAACAGUGAUGUCAGAACGUUCCAGUGAAAAGGAAAUAUACUACAACUUUGGAGAAUCUUGGCGGCUAGAUUGUGCCAAUUCCAUUUUUACCUAUAGAGUUGGAGAAAAUUGUGGGAUGUUUCAAAACAGCAGUUUUACGCCAAUCUUUCUGGAAGAUUUCAAUGCUACGUUGAUUGAGAAAGCAAAUGAGACAUGUAAGGGGGAUGCUGGCUGUCUUUAUGAUUACCUUGCUACCAAUAAUAAGGAUAUAGCAGAGAAUUCUAAGAACAUCCUUGAAGCUUUAGAACUGAGGAAACUACAAGCAGCUAACACAGCUCCUGAAAUAACGGGGGCUCUGCUUGUCAAUGCCACAAUAGGACAGCCUCUAAUACUUGUGGUACAGGCCACUGACUCAGAUGGAAACUUGGUCACUGCAGUGAGCCCAGAUAGUAAUUCUACUGGGAAGGGCACUGCCAACAUAUCCUACACAUAUCUUCCUACAACGGAUGACCAACAAAUUAGUUUCUGGGCUGUUGACAAUGCAGGAUCUGCCUCUAACACUCUCACAGUGAUUAUCGUCAAAUGUUCUGGCUGUUCUGGUAAUGGAACCUGUGACUUUGAUCACCCAAAACCAACAUCAACACCCAACCAGUUUACUGCACCUUGCAUCUGUAACAUUGGUUAUGAAGGUAUUGACUGCUCCGUGGACGUGGAUGGUUGUCAUGACAACCCGUGUCAGCCCCCUUUUAUAUGUACAGAUAACUCCCCGACAGAUCACAACAACACGGGGGUGGCCUUCCAGUGCAGUGCUUGUCCAGUCGGCUACAAGUAUGGCAAUGAGAGGAAAUGUGUGGAUGUAGAUGAAUGUAGCAGUAGCAGUCAAUGCUCUGACCACCAGAUUUGUACAAAUGUUCUUGGGUCCUUCAGCUGUAGCUGUGAGCCAGGGUAUCGUACUGAUGUCAACCAGAACCAGGCCUGUCUUGAUGUGAAUGAGUGUUUUGAACAAACAAGUGGAUGUCAACAACUCUGUAACAACACAGAUGGAAGUUAUAAUUGUUACUGCAGAGAGGGGUACAGUCUGAACUCAGAUAACAAAAUGUGCCAAGCAGAUGCUGUAAGCCCUACUUGUUCAGCACAUAAUUGUUCACAUUCCUGCACACUGGAAUCUGGGUCUCCAAAAUGUCACUGUGAUGAGGGAUAUACUCUGGCACAAGAUGGGAAAAGUUGCAAUGAUAUAAAUGAGUGUGCAGAACAAACCAGUAAGAAAUGUCCUCAAAUUUGUACCAACACAGUGGGAGGUUUCUCCUGUAGCUGCUAUCCUGGCUUCCAGCUGAUGUCUGAUCAAAAAUCCUGCACAUCUUGUGAUGCUGUUCAUUGGGGUGUGAACUGUAACCAGUCAUGUGACUGUACCCAGCAUGCAUUAUCUUGUGAUCCAAAGUUUGGCUGUCAGUGUAAGGGGGGAUGGACAGGGACCCACUGUGAGACCAAUAUCAAUGAGUGUCAGGAUGGGGGUCCAUGCGGGGGACUGGAAAAUUGUGUGGACACUCCUGGGUCAUAUGUUUGUCAGUGUAAAGCGGGUUACCAAAGGAAUGACACCUCAGGAGAUUGUAAAAACAUUGACGAAUGUUCGGAGUCUCUGUAUAACUGUACAGACACAGAGGUAUGUCUUGACACUCUAGGAAGCUACAGAUGUGAUUGUAAAUCUGGCUACCAAAGGGAUGCAACUGGACAGUGCCAAGAUGUGAACGAGUGUGACUUACAGAUAGAUCAAUGUAAUCAUCAUUGUAUCAACACCGAGGGGAGUUACAACUGUAAAUGUAACAUAGGGUACACGCUGCAGGAUGACAGAAGAAGCUGUAUAUUGUCCUCCAAUCCCUGUGAAGGAGCCACCAUUACUUGUGAUAACAAUUUAGGAGGAUGUACAAAACACAGCUGUGGAUCACCAUACUGCUUCUGUAACCAAGGCUAUAAAUUUAAUCAAACAUCCAGAAAUUGUACAGACAUUGAUGAAUGUGCCGAGUCUGUAGAUGGCUGCUCAGAAGUUUGUAACAACACAGAAGGGGGAUUCUUUUGUUCUUGUUCAGCAGGGUCUUCCCUCCUGGCAGAUAAGAAAACAUGUCAGAGUUGCAACAAGACAGACAGAUGGGGAAGCUCUUGUGAGAACCAGUGUAGUUGUGGAGCAGGUGCAUUGUUCUGUGACUCUGUGAUUGGCUGUGUUUGUGGCACUGGCUGGACAGGCUCAGACUGCUCUGUAGACAUCAACGAGUGUCACAACGACUCGACUAACAACUGUGGACCAAACUCUAACUGUGUAAACCGAGAGCCGUCCUACAUCUGUCAGUGUGAGAGUGGAUACACUAAAGUCUCUAACAGUCAGACAGAGUGUACAGAUAUUGAUGAGUGUGCGACCAAUCAGCAUGACUGUUCCCAGCGCUGUCAGAAUAUCAUGGGAAGUUUUAGCUGUGCGUGUAAUGAAGGAUUUCAACUGGAUAAUAACAACAAAACAUGCACAAAUGUUGAUGAGUGUACACUACAGACCGAUGACUGCCAACAGAUUUGUGUGGACACUUCAGGAAGGUACCACUGCAAGUGUAAUCCAGGCUUUGAUCUGGCUGAGGACCUUUUCACAUGUAACAAAGACCCUACUUAUGAUCCUUGUAAUGCCAAUGGUCAGCCUAAGGAGUGCUCCUAUGCCUGUAGGAUCUCGAACGGAAGUCCUGAAUGUUACUGUGACUCCAACUCACGACUCAACCCCAGUGACAACAGAACUUGCAUUGCUUUGGACAAUAAAAUUGUGAUCAACAUGACAACAGACUACCCAUUUAAUAGUGACCUCCUUCUUUCCUCUAGCACCACUUAUAAAAACACCAAGAAAGACUUUGAGGAUUCUUUGACGAAUAUAUUCAGGGGAAUUCCUGGUUUAGUAAAUAUAAUAGCAAUCGUUACAAAAUUUCGGACUGGCGAAGUACAAGCGGGCGACACAACAGUUGAGUUCUACCUAGUACUGCAACAAGACAAAACAUCAAAUGAUAUCACCAAUGUAAGCCAGGCAUUGGUCAAUCUUCGUAAGACCCAAAUCACUGUGUCCACCGCCCAAUACAACCUAUUAAAGGAAGCCACUAUUGGAUCUAGUCAAGAACCAGCUAUCUGUGUUCUGUGUCCAGAUUCCUGUUAUUAUAUCAAUGAGACGGAUUAUCUGUGCAGGCCUUCUUUUGAUGAAGACAAGACUCUGACCGUCCAACUGUCCUUGGAGAAAACUUUCGAGCCUCAUCUAAGUAACUCACGUACACUGGGAUUUAGGCAGUACGCUGACAAGAUUUCUUCUUCAUUGAGAAGAAUUCUGUCCUCUCCAAAUUUAAUGGAUAUUUUCAUCCAAGAAUUCAGAGAGCUUUCGGGAGGUACAACUGAGAUCGCUGUAUUGCUGUUCAUGAAUACUACUAUAACGGAGGCUAACACAAGGACAGUCGCACUAGAGCUGUAUGACAAUGUGGACAAGAAGAACUGCUUGACAGUGGAGACCAGUUGUAUCAAACUCAGGAAUCAAACCUACAUAGGGAACAGUACUAGUCUUGUUGCAGUUAUCUGCUAUACCUGUUCCAAACAACAGAUCUGUGUAUCAGAAACAAACAACUACCGCUGUGUAGAAGCACCAUCUACAACAGUUACCAACCCUGCACAGACAGAAGAGCCAUCUAACACUGACCUUAUUUUCGGCCUGGCCUUGGGAUUACCCCUGGCACUCAUUCUAUUCCUGAUAAUCUCUAUACUGGUAUACCUUCUGUAUCGUAGACAGGGGAGAUCCUAUUCAUAUUCAGAUACUUCAUCGGUGGAUCCGUAUCACUUAAGAGAAGCCUUUGGCUCAAACAUUCUGGGACACAAAACCAUCAAUGUUGGUGGUGGUUUAGGGGUGGGUGCGUUUAGAGCCUUGCCAGAUGGUCAGCAGGAAGAAGAUAUUAUAGAUUCACAGAAGCAUCAGGAGGAAAUAGAGGAGGGACCAGACAAAAACAGGAGCCAAGAACAGGAAAUUGACAGCUCAACAGACAAUUCACAUUCUGAUGCAAUGAGCGAUGACCAACCUCGGUCCUCCAAGGUUUCUUUUGAUUCCGUUUUUCAUGUCAUUGACCCAAAAGAAGAGAAAUCAACGGAAAACAGAGAGUAUUUUAGAGCCUUGUCAGAUGCUCAGCAGGAAGGAGAUAUAGAGUCUCAGAGACAUCAGGAGGAAAUCGAGGAGGAAUCUGACAAUAACGGGAACCAAGAACAGGAAAUUGAGAGCCCCACAGACAAUUCACAUUCUGAUACAAGGAGAGAUGACCAACCUCUGUCCUCCAAUGUUUCUUUGGAUUCCCUUUAUUAUGUCCUUGAACCAAAAAAAGAGUUUCGGAAAGAUCAACCUUCGGAUAACGAGACACCCGUAGCACCUGAUCAUGUUCAGGAAGACUCUGGGUCCGAGGCUUAG